AUGCAGAGUCGAAUGAGCCCUGACGAUCUAGCCUGGGAACAAGCCGAGUCGACAUCCGACACAUGGCUUGCGCAAUUCCUCGAAAUCGACCUCCUAAGACCGAUCGCCGAGUUCAUGCUCACCCACAACAGAGGCACUGCCACCGAGUUCGCCAUCCUCCGAAAAGGCUCCUAUAACAUCUCCUUGCGCCUGAAGUACCGAAACAGCGCUACCGUGAUCCGGCUAUCGCAGCCUGGGGCUGUCAUGUUUCCCGAAGAAAAAGUUGUCAAUGAGGUUGCUGUGAUGCGGUUUCUCACGGACCAGACAUCCAUUCCUCUUCCGUUUGUGCAUCAGUCAGGGACAAAAAAGGAGAGUCCUCUUGAGCUUAACCCGUUUAUCAUAAUGGACUAUAUCGAACAUGAGACGAAAAUGUACGAUGCUCUGAAUACCCCAGGAUGCCCGAGAGAAGACCGCGGUGUUUCGGACCCGCACAUCGACGAAGACAGGCUUGAAAUGCUAUAUAAACAGCUCGCAGGAGUGCUGCUUCAAUUAUACAAGCCCUCUCUACCUCGCAUCGGCUCUCUCAGCCAGAUCGACGACUUCACCUGGGAAGUGGCAGGUCGGCCUUUAUCAAUGAACAUGAACGAGCUCGUCCGACUGGGUGGCUUGCCACGAUCGAAACUCCCUAACCAGGAUGUUAUAUUUCCCACGUCUUCAUCAUACAUGGAAGCGCUUGCAGACCUCAAUAUACAGCAUUUAAUCCACCAAAGAAACGACGCCGUGGAGUCUGCAGACGACUGUCGACGCAAAUUCAUCGCGCGGCAGCUCUUCCGCAAGCUUGCCAGAAACAAGAGACUCACAGAUCCGGUGUUCGAGAAUGGGCCUUUCAAACUGUGGUGUGAUGACUUCCGGCCAGCGAAUGUAUUGCUGAAUCAGGGGAUGGAAAUCGCCGGCGUGGUAGAUUGGGAGUUCACGUAUGCUGCGCCGGUUGAGUUCUCUCAUGCGCCGCCUUGGUGGCUAUUAAUCGAGAAGCCAGAGUACUGGGCUGAGGGCAUUGAGGACUGGACGAGAGUUUUUGAUCAUCAUCUGAAGACGUUCCUGAAGGCGAUGAAGGAUUGUGAAGAUACGGCGAUUGAGCAGGGUCGGUUGGGUGAAGAUCAGCGACUGUCGGGUGCUAUGCGUGAGAGCUGGGAGAAUGGGAGUUUCUGGAUAGUGUAUGCGACGUUGUAUAGCUUUGCGUUUGACCAGAUCUACUGGCGGAAGAUUGAUCCGCUGUUCUUCGGACAUGCUGAGAAUCUCGAGGAAGCGUGGAAAGAAAGGCUCGAGCUGUUGAAUGAGGAGGAAAAGGAUGAGAUGGAACACCUGGUAGCUCGGAAACUCAAAGAGAUGGAGACUAGGGUUCUGGCAUGGGAUCCGGAUGAGUAUACCGUGGCUUUUAGUCAGCAGUUGGAUACUCAGGAGGGAGAGGUAAAUGAACAAAAGGUCGAAGGG